AUGGACCAUGCGCCCAUUCUCAUCGGACAGGUGCUUGUGUCUGUAUUGACUAACCCCCUGAACCACACGGGCUGGCCGCGGGUCAUGGGCCAGGACAUGCGCAGGCAACUGGAGCAGCUGUGGAGUUGUGCAGUCACACUAAAAGGCCAUGCCGAGGGCAGAACGUUACUGCCACUGCCUCUGAGCAUGGAGAGAAAAGACCAACAGCAGCGUGUGUUUAGCUCUGAUCUUUGUCUGAUAGACAGGGCUUUAUUGUAUGCUAUUGAGACCAUGGUGAUCCAGUGGAGUCAGCAGAUGGGCUCUGUGUUGCGGCGAGACUCCUCUCAGCUCCUGUGCCAGGGAGACCACCCAGGUCCCAUGGUAGAGCUGCAAUUCUGGGCCCAACAGAAAGAAAACCUGCUGGGCAUCCAGAAACAGCUGCAGAAUCCCAAAGUUGACCAGGUCCUUGAAAUUCUACAAAGGAUUAACAGCAGCUAUUAUGCCUCCUUCGAUGACAUAAUACAAAAAGUUAACCAAGCGGUGGUGCAGGCAGAGGAUAUAGACCUGCAUUUGAAGCCAUUACGUAAGCUCAUUGUUGCAUUUGAAGAGCGGAGCUUCAUGGACCUGGAGCUGCUCUUUCCGGCUCUCUUUCAUAUGCUUGCCCUCAUCUGGACACACUCUCAUUUCUACUGCUCCCCACCGCGCAUUGUCACACUCCUCACUGAGUUCUGCAACCUGCUCAUUGACAAGGCAAUGAUGUACCUUAUCCCAGAGGAGCUGUUUAAGAUGGAGUUAGAAGAGGGGGUAGAGCGGGUGCAGAGAGCAGUUCAGGUCUUUCAGGUGUUUAAGCGUACUUUCCAGCAGUAUAGAGACAGACUGAGCCUUAAGGGGUCCUAUAGCCGGCCGGGAAGGGCAAUCACUUCCUGGGACUUCCCCUCCUCCCUUGUCUUUCAGCGAAUUGACCGUAUCAUGGAGAGACUGCUUAUGAUUGAGGAGCUGUUUGUGUCAGCCCUGGACUUCCUAAAGCUGGAACGUGUAGAGCUGGGUGGCUCCAGAGGAAAGAUUCUCAGUGAGAUGAUCUACAGCAUGAACGAUGAGUUCCAUGACAGCUGGAGAAUCCUUAGAGAAAGCAAAUAUGACCCACUGGACUACAGCAAAGAGGAGUUUGUGCGUGAUUAUAAUCGUUUUGUGGAGCAGAACCAAGACUUUGACCAGAGAUUGGGGACAGUGCUGAAUCUUGCUUUCCAACAUUCUCCAAGUUUAGAAUCAGCAUUUAAGCUCUUGCAGAUUUUUGGUACUCUAUUGGAAAGGCCAAGGGUUCACCAGCUGUUCGCCCCAAAUUACUCCCUCUUGCUGGCCAUGUUCCAAGAGGAGGUCAGCAUCUGCCAGCAGAUACUGGACACUCACAGAAACAGGUUGCGUAAUGGCUGCCCAGUCCUGGGUAAAAAUAUGCCAGCUGUGUCUGGGAACCUGAAAUGGUCUCAAGAGCUCAGAGAGAGAAUCCUGACCAACCGCAGCAACCUUAACCACCUUACACACAUGCCAUUAGACAUUCCAGAAGCAGAGCAGAUGUUGCGAGCAUGUGAGUGUGUUUUGGAGGUACUUGACCAGAUGGAUGAGGAAGUGUAUGCUAACUGGUGUGUGGGACUGGAUGAGCUUUGUCAUGCCCACAUGAAUGAACCACUUCUGUCAUUGGAUGAAGAAAGUGGACUUUACAGUGUUAACUUCAGUCCUGCGCUGACUUCUGUUUUGAGGGAAGUGAAGUAUCUUGGGAUGCUGAAGAGUCAUAACAUACCGAAUGCUGCCUUGAAUCUCUACUUGAAACAGGAAACACUGUACAUGUAUACUAGCACGCUGUCCCAGAUCACUCAGUGGUACAAUAAGCUACACAGCACUAUUCUUGCUGUCGAACUUCGGUUGGUGGAAGCAGAAAUGGAUGAAGUGAGGUUUAAAUUAAGCCCUGCCCUGAAGGAACUGAGGUGGAGUCAUGAGGACCUAUGGGAUUACAUCAAAAGCACACGUGAUCUGGUGCAAGGCGUGGCAGAACGUGUGCAGAAGAGCCAGACUAACCUGGAGAAGCUGCAGGGGCUGAUGGGAGUUUUCAGCCAAUCCGCAUGUGUAACUCGCAGGAGCAGUCGUCGUGGCAAUUUGCUUCUCCUGGCUGACAUGGAGGAGAGUUUCAAAAGGCAGUACAGGCUGGUCACACACACAGGAGAGAAGAUACACACCCUUGUACAGGAUAAUGCAGUUCUUUUGGGUGCUGAUGUAGACUCUGCAUCAUGGGAAUCUUACACAGACUAUGUGGACCGUAUGGUAUUAGCAGGCUUCUCCAGUGCUGUACGCUGUUCUCUACAGUAUUUGGUAGAGAACACAGACCCAACCCUGUGCAUUGAACCACUGUUUGAGGUCCAGCUGACCCUGACUUCUGACAUGACUUUUCAUCCCUCGCUUGACCUCUCCAAGAAGGACAAUUUCUAUGACAUCAUUGACAAGAUGGUGGCAGAUAUUUUCAGAAUGGCUUCAUUUAUGAAGAGAGUUUCCAGACAUAAACAAGCAGAGACUUACCAGGUGAAUAUAGACCAAGUGCUGGAGUUAUCUGAGUUGGCUCAGUUGAUUCGUUGCCGUGCACGUGGGGCUAUCACCAGGGUAAGAGAGUUCCAGACCUCUUUCAGCUCUUAUUGCUACCUUUGGUCUGGAGACAGGAUGGAGUUCAUGAGACAGUUCUUGCUCUAUGGCCAUGCCCUUUCAACAGAAGAGGCAGAGCUUUAUGCUGAUUUUGAGCUGGCCAAGAACCCACCCAAACUAGACAACUUCAAAGAACAAAUCAAUGAGUUUGAGAGUCUGUAUGAGAAAGUGCGGGUUCUGGAGGAAAAGAGGGUUUUCUGUGGCUGGUGUCAAGUGGACAUCAAACCUUUCAAAAUCUCUCUCAUGACUGCCAUCAAGAAGUGGAGCUGGAUGUUCAAAGAGUAUCUGCUCAACCACGUCAAUGAUAGUGUGCAUGACAUGGCAAGUUUCAUAGAGAAUGCUGAACAUGGUUUGGGAAAGAGUGUGCAGAAUGGAGACUAUGCCGGACUGGUGGACAUCAUGGGCCACCUUAUGGCAAUCAGAGACAGGCAGCAGAACACUGAGCAACAGUUUAAACCACUCAAAUCUACUGCAGAUCUGUUAAAGAUUUAUGGCCUACAGCUACCAGAACUGAUCUACUCCCAGCUGGAGGAACUGCCCGACAAAUGGAAGAAUCUGAAGAAAGUGGCCUUCACUGUAAAACAUGAGGUAGCUCCUCUGCAGUCUAACGAGGUUGCUGUUAUCCGCAGGAAGUGUGUCCGUUUUGAGGUUAAACAGCACGAAUUCCGGGAGCAGUUUCGCUUGGAGCCCAUCUUCCGCAUCAACAUAGAUGAAGCAUACAAGCUCAUUGACAAGACCAACUGCACAGUAGCUCAUCUGGAGAAUGAAAUGGGUAAGCUGCAGGAAACCGCAAAUCUGUUUGAGGUCAGUUUCCCUGACUACAAGCAGCUCCGCCAGUGUCGCUCUGACCUCAUCUUACUCAAAGCAGUCUGGGAUAUGGUCAUGUUUGUUAAGUCCAGCAUCUCAGACUGGACCAAGACACCAUGGAAGGAGAUAAAUGUGGAGCAGAUGGACAUGGAGCUCAGGAGGUUUGCUAAGGAGAUGAAGACCCUAGAUAAAGAGGUGCGUGUGUGGGAUGUCUACACUGGUCUGGAGUCUAGUGUAAAAAACUUGCUGACAUCACUGAGAGCUGUUAAUGAACUGCAGAACUUGGCGGUCCGAGAGCGACACUGGCAGCAGCUCAUGUUAACAACUGGGGUGAGUUUUAUGAUGGAUGAAAACACCACCCUGGGUGAUUUGCUGGAGCUGCAGCUCCAUCGUGUGGAGGAAGAGGUGAAGAACAUUGUGGAUAAAGCAGUGAAGGAGAUGGCUAUUGAGAAGAUUCUUUGUGAGAUUAAGCAGACAUGGUCCGUGAUGUCUCUCUUAUAUGAGACUCAUUCUAGCACUGGAACCCCUCUCCUCAAAGCUGAUGAGAAUCUUAUUGAGACACUGGAGGACAACCAGGUGCAGCUGCAGAACAUCCUCAUGAGUAAGCAUGUGGAAUACUUUCUGGCGGAAGUGAGUGGCUGGCAGCGGCGCCUGAUGGUGGCUGACCUAGUGAUUGCCACCUGGCUGGCUGUGCAGCGCACGUGGGCCCACUUGCAGAGUAUCUUCACCAAUUCGGAAGACAUUCGCAAUCAGCUGGCCCGGGACGCUGAACGUUUCCAUGGCAUUCAUCUGGACUUUCAGGAGUUGAUGACGAACAUUGUCAAAACUGCAAAUGUGAUUGACGUCACCAACCAGCCAGGCUACUUGGAGAAGCUUGAGACACUGCAGCAAAGGUUGUCUGUGUGUGAGAAGGCUCUGGCUGAGUAUCUGGAAACAAAGCGUCUGACGUUUCCACGCUUCUACUUUGUAUCUGCUGCUGAUCUCCUGGAGAUUGUUUCCAAGGGAACACAGCCCAGACAGGUUACGCGGCACCUGCUGAAGCUCUUCGAUAAUCUGGCUGAUCUGAAGUUCAGAGAUGAGGAGUGUGACAACGAUGAAAGGAUUGAGGUUGCUGUCGGGAUGUACAGCAGAGAGGGAGAAUAUGUGCCCUUUUCUGAGCCCUGCAUGUGUGAGGGACAGGCUGAGUGUUGGCUGGGUGGGUUGGAGCUGGCCAUGCGCUCCACAGUGAGGCAUGAGAUCUCUGAGGCAGUGGCAGCUUAUGAGGACAAGCCACGUGAACAGUGGCUCUUAGACUAUCCUGCACAGGUGGCACUUACGGGUAGUCAGAUGUGGUGGGCAACCGAUGUUGGUAUUGCCUUUGAACGGGUGGAAGAGGGUUUUGAGACAGCACUCAAAGACUACAAUAAAAAACAGAUCAGCCAGCUGAACUCUUUGAUAAACAUGCUACUGGGUGAACUGACACCUGGUGACCGACAGAAAAUCAUGACCCUCUGCACCAUUGAUGUUCAUGCAAGAGACGUGGUGGCCAAACUCAUCUCUCAGAAGGUGAUGAAUGGACAGGCAUUUGCAUGGUUGUCCCAGUUACGGCAUCGCUGGGAUGAGCAGCAGAAACACUGCUAUAUCAACAUCUGUGAUGCCCAGUUCCAGUUUUCAUAUGAAUACUUGGGGAACACAAACCGGCUGGUCAUAACACCACUCACUGAUCGAUGUUACAUCACUCUGACUCAGUCUCUCCAUUUAACGAUGAGCGGCGCUCCCUCUGGCCCUGCCGGCACUGGCAAGACAGAAACCACCAAGGACUUGGGCCGCUCACUCGGCAUUAUGGUCUAUGUAUUUAACUGCUCAGAACAAAUGGACUAUAAGUCAAUAGGUAAUAUAUAUAAGGGACUGGCUCAGACAGGUGUGUGGGGCUGUUUUGAUGAGUUUAACAGGAUCUCUGUGGAGGUUUUGUCUGUGGUCGCUGUGCAGGUCAAAACCAUCCAAGAUGCUGUUCGCAACAAGAAACACAGGUUCCUUUUCUUGGGUGAGGAGAUUGAGCUAAGGCCAACUGUGGGGAUCUUCAUCACUCUGAACCCAGGCUAUGCUGGUAGAACUGAACUGCCAGAAAACCUCAAAGCACUCUUCAGGCCAUGUGCCAUGGUAAUUCCUGAUUUCGAGCUGAUCUGUGAAAUAAUGCUGGUGGCAGAAGGCUUCAUAGAUGCUCGUCUGCUUGCACGCAAGUUUAUUAGCCUGUACACACUCUGCAAGGAGCUGCUGUCCAAACAGGAUCACUAUGACUGGGGUCUACGUGCGAUAAAGUCAGUACUGGUUGUGGCUGGGUCACUGAAGAGGGAAGACAGGAGCCAUCCAGAGGAGCAGGUGCUUAUGCGGGCCUUGCGGGACUUCAAUUUGCCGAAGAUUGUGACGAGUGAUGUGCCAAUAUUCUUAGGCCUAAUCAGUGAUCUGUUCCCUCUGUUGGACGUCCCACGCAAGAGGGAUCUGCAGCUGGAGCAGCAUGUGCGCCAGGCGGUCAGCGAACUGCGCCUGCAGCCUGAGGAGAACUUUAUCCUUAAAGUGACUCAGUUAGAGGAGCUCUUAGCUGUCAGGCAUUCUGUCUUUGUGGUUGGUGGAGCUGGAACAGGGAAAAGCCAGAUCUUGAAGACACUGCAUAGGACUUAUUCCAGUAUGAAGCUCAAGCCUGUGUGGAGUGACAUCAACCCUAAAGCUGUGACCACAGAUGAGCUGUUUGGAUACCUGCACCCUGCCACACGAGAGUGGAAAGAUGGUCUUUUCUCCUCAACCAUGAGAGAGCUGUCAGCUUUAUCUCAUGAUGGUCCAAAGUGGAUUGUGCUGGAUGGUGACAUUGACCCGAUGUGGAUAGAAUCUCUGAAUACAGUUAUGGAUGACAACAAGGUGUUGACCCUGGCUAGCAAUGAACGUAUCUCCCUAACAUCCUCUAUGCGUCUGCUGUUUGAGAUCAGCCACCUGAAAGCUGCCACCCCAGCAACUGUUUCCAGGGCAGGCAUCCUCUAUGUCAACCCACAGGAUCUUGGCUGGGGCUCGUAUGUAGCAAGUUGGAUUGACACUCGUCAGGCCCAGUCAGAACGAGCAAAUCUGUCUAUCUUGUUUGAUAAGUAUGUGCCGUACUGUUUAGAGCAGGUCAGAUGCAACCUGAAGACCAUCACACCUAUACCUGAGACCAGCAUGGUACAGACUCUGUGUUGCCUGCUGGACUGCCUGCUGACGGAUGAGAACACUCCUGCUGACUCUCCUCGUGAACUUUAUGAGAUCUACUUUGUGUUCGGUUGUGUUUGGGCUUUUGGAGGGGCUCUGUUCCAAGAUCAUCUGAUAGACUAUCGUGCAGAGUUUAGUCGUUGGUGGUGUAAGGAGAUGCGUGCGGUGAAAUUCCCCUCUCAGGGAACUGUGUUUGAUUACUACAUAGAUCCUGUCACAAAAAAGUUCACUCCCUGGAGCGAGCGCGCACCUCCCUUUGAGCUGGAACCAGACAUCCCACUGCCAAUGGUACUGGUUCAUACAGCAGAGACGAGUCGUCUGGCAUACUUUGUGGAACUGCUGCUGGAGAAAGGCAAGCCAGUAAUGUUGGUUGGAAAUGCGGGUGUGGGCAAGACCAUCCUAGUGUGGGACACCAUCUCCAAACGCAAAGAGGAAUAUAUGGUGGCUAAAGUGCCCUUCAAUUAUUAUACCACGUCAGCUAUGCUGCAGCGUGUGCUGGAAAAGUCUCUGGAGAAGAAGGCAGGCCGGAACUUUGCUCCUCCUGGCACUAAGAAGCUGAUUUACUUUGUAGAUGAUUUGAACAUGCCAGAGGUGGAUGUCUAUGGGACAGUCCAGCCACAUACACUCAUCAGACAACACCUCGACUACUCUCACUGGUAUGAUCGUCAGAGACUGGUCCUGAAGGAGAUUCACAACUGUCAGUAUAUCACUUGUAUGAACCCAACAGCUGGAAGCUUCUCUGUCAACCCUCGACUACAGAGGCAUUUCUCUGUUUUUGCUGUGCACUUCCCAGGAGCUGAGGCUCUGAACACAAUCUACAGCAGCAUUCUGAGUGGCCAUUACCAGCAGGGAGGCUACAGUUAUGGAGUGACUCGCUCCGUGGGGACGCUCGUUCAGGCAGCCAUCUGCCUCCACCAGAAAAUGACCCAGAACUUUCUUCCCACUGCCAUCAGAUUCCACUAUAUCUUUAAUCUAAGGGACAUCUCUAACAUCUUUCAGGGAAUUCUCUUUGCCUUGCCAGAGAGUGUACGGUACCCUAUAGACCUGGUGUACCUCUGGCUGCAUGAGUGCUCUCGUGUGUAUUCUGACAAACUGAUGGAGGAGAAGGAUGUUGAGCUCUUUAACAAGAUCCUGCUGGAUACUGGCAAAAGAUACUUUGAGGGAAUAGAUGAGUCAAUCUUUAUUCACCAGCCCCUGAUAUACUCCCAUUUUGCCCAUGGUGUAGGGGAGCCACGUUAUGCUCAGGUGAGUGACUGGGAGAAACUGCAGAGGACCCUCAUUGAGGCCCUGGAACACUACAAUGAGCUUCAUGCUAACAUGAACCUGGUGCUGUUUGAGGAGGCCAUGCAGCACAUCUGCAGGAUCAGUCGAAUUCUGGAGGCUCCAGUGGGGAAUGCACUGCUGAUUGGGGUGGGUGGCAGCGGGAAACAGAGUUUAUGCCGGUUGGCAGCCUUCCUCAGUAUGCUUGAAGUCUUUCAGAUCACUCUGCGUAAAGGCUACGGUAUCAGCGACCUAAGGAGUGAUAUAGCUGCUCUGUACAUUAAGGUGGGAGUGAAGAAUAUUGGUACAGUGUUUCUGCAUACGGAUGCUCAGAUUCCUGAUGAACGUUUCCUUGUGCUGAUCAAUGACAUGCUAGCAUCUGGGGACAUCCCGGAUCUGUUCAGUGACGAAGAGGUGGAUAUGAUUGUGGCCUCAAUACGUUUGGAGCUCAGAGGCCUUGGCCUGCUGGACACACGAGAGAACUGCUGGAACUUCUUCAUUGACCGUAUACGUAGACAGCUAAAGGUAGUUUUGUGUUUCUCACCAGUGGGUUUCACUCUGCGCACACGAGCACGGAAGUUUCCGGCUCUGGUGAACUGCACAUCCAUUGACUGGUUUCAUCCCUGGCCCCAGCAUGCACUGCAGUCAGUUAGCAGAACAUUCAUAAACAACAUCAGUGGACUUGAGCUUGAGGUGAAGGUGUCAAUCAGUGAGUUUAUCUCAUACGCUCACACAAGUGUGAAUGAGGUUAGUGUGAAGUACCAACAGAGUGAGAAGCACUUUAACUACACAACACCUAAGAGCUUCCUGGAGUUCAUGAAGCUGUAUGGCAACUUACUGGGGACCAAAAGGAGGGAGCUUGCUCAGAAAAUGGAGCGGUUGGAAAAUGGCCUGCAGAAGCUACUAACCACAGCCUCCCAGGUAGAGGAUCUGAAGGCUAAGUUGGCUCUUCAAGAGGUGGAGCUGCAUCAGAGGAACAGUGACACAGAGGCUCUCAUUGCCAAAAUCGGCCAGCAGACUGAUAAGCUUAACCAGGAGAAGAGUAUCGCAGAUGAAGAGGAGCAGAGAGUAGCUGCGAUUCAGGCAGAGGUGACUAAGCAGCAGCAGGAGAAUGAGGAUGACCUGGCUAAAGCUGAGCCAGCCUUACAAGCAGCUAAUACUGCCCUCAACACACUCAACAGGCUAAAUCUAACAGAGUUGCGGACAUUCCCAAACCCACCUGUGAUUGUGAGCAAUGUGUUAGCUGCAGUGCUUGUGCUGAUGGCUCCAAACGGACGCAUUCCUAAAGACCGUAGCUGGAAAGCCACAAAAGUCAUGAUGAGCAAAGUAGAUGAUUUCCUGCAGGCUCUGGUUAAUUUUGAUAAAGAGCAUAUCCCAGAUGCUACGGUGCGGGUGUUAAAGGAGGAGUAUCUGAGUGACCCAGACUUCAACCCCGAGUUUGUCCGUCUAAAAUCCUCUGCUGCAGCUGGACUGUGUGCCUGGGUUAUCAACAUUAUACGCUUCCAUGAGGUAUUCUGUGAAGUGGAGAUGAAGAGGAUGUGCCUCUCUCAGGCCAAUGCUGAUCUAGCUGAAGCUGCAGAGAAACUAGAAAUCAUCAGGAAAAAACUUGCUGAGCUGGACAAUAGUCUGGACACUCUGACUGCAGCUUUUGAAAAGGCCACCUCAGAGAAAUUGCGCUGCCAAGACGAGGUGAACCUCACCAAUAAAACCAUCCAAUUGGCCAACCGCCUGGUCAAGGGCCUAGAGUCAGAGAAUGUGCGCUGGGGACACUCAGUAGCUCAGUACCGGGAACAGGAGGCUACUCUUUGUGGAGAUGUUCUCCUUACUGCAGCCUUCAUCUCCUAUGCUGGCUCCUUCUCCAAGAGAUACAGACACGAGCUCCUCCAUAAACUCUGGAUGCCUUAUCUACGCACCCAGAAGGUUCCUAUUCCAAUGACUGAGGGAUUAGAUCCAGUUUCCAUGUUAACAGAUGAUGCCAUGAUUGCAAAGUGGAAUAACGAGGGGUUGCCAGGUGAUAAGAUAUCUAUCCAGAAUGCCACCAUACUGCUUAACUGUGAGCGAUGGCCCCUGCUCAUCGAUCCUCAGUUGCAGGGCAUCAAAUGGCUCAAGAGUCGAUACGGCAACAGCCUCAGAAUCAUCAACUUGGGGCAGAAGGGGUAUGUUGAUGUUAUUGAACAGGCAGUAGUAACUGGAGAACCAGUAUUGAUUGAGAAUCUAGAGGAGACUAUUGAUCCAGUGAUCGAUCCAGUGCUGGGUCGCCACACCAUUAAAAAGGGCAGAUUUAUAAAGGUGGGAGAUAAAGAGUGCAUCUUUCACCCCGACUUCCGGCUCAUUCUGCACACUAAACUGGCCAAUCCCCACUAUAAGCCAGAGAUACAGGCUCAAACCACUCUUAUUAACUUCACUGUCACCAGAGAUGGUCUGGAGGACCAGCUGCUUGCAGAGGUUGUCAACCUUGAGAGACCUGAUCUUGAGCAUCUUAAGUCAGAGUUGACAAAGCAGCAGAACACGUUUAAGAUCGAGCUGAAGCAGCUGGAGGAUGAGCUGCUAACUCGGCUCUCAGCUGCAGAGAGUAACUUUUUAGGGGACAACAUGCUGGUGGAAAAACUGGAGACCACCAAACACACAGCUGCUGAGAUUGAGAUGAAGGUGUUGGAGGCGAAGGUCAAUGAGUUGAAGAUAAAUGAAGCUCGUGAGCACUACAGGCCCGUGGCAGUACGAGCUUCCCUCCUCUACUUCAUCAUCAACGACCUCAACAAGAUCAACCCCAUGUACCAUUUCUCCCUCAAGGCGUUUAAUGUGGUAUUCCGUAAAGCAGUGCAGAACGCAGAGUUGUGUGUCGAUGUUAAGACACGUGUGAACACACUCAUUGACUGCAUCACCUUUUCCACCUUCAACUACAUCAACAGAGGCUUAUUUGAGAGAGACAAGCUCACCUUCACAGCUCAGCUCGCAUUUCAGCUGUUACUGAUGAGUAAGGAGAUUGGUGUUCGUGAGCUGGAUUUCCUCUUACGCUUCAAUAUUGACCACAGUUACAUCAGCCCUGUUGACUUCCUCUCCAACUCCGCAUGGAGUGCCAUUAAAACAAUGAGUUUUACAGAUGAGUUUCGGGGUCUGGAACGGGACAUUGAGGGCUCUCCUAAGCGCUGGAAGAAGGUGGUCGAGUCAGAGUGUCCAGAGAAAGAGAAGCUUCCCCAGGAAUGGAAAAGCAAGAGCUCACUGCAGAAACUUAUCCUAAUGAGGGCUCUCCGGCCUGACCGCAUGACCUACGCUGUCAGGAACUUUGUGGAGGAGAAGCUGGGAGUAAAGUAUACAGAAGGGAGGAAGAUGGAGUUUGCACGGUCAUUUAAAGAGAGCGGUCCCGCCUCUCCUGUUUUCUUCAUUCUUUCUCCUGGAGUUGACCCACUCAAAGAUGUGGAGUCACUUGGUAAGAAACUAGGCUUCACUAUAGACCUGGGGAAACUGCAUAAUGUGUCUCUUGGCCAAGGCCAGGAGGCUGUUGCAGAACUGGCCAUGGAGAAAGCUUCCAAAGAGGGUCACUGGGUCAUAUUACAGAACAUCCACCUGGUUGCAAAUUGGCUGGGUAGCCUGGAGAAGCUUCUGGAACGCUGCUGUGAGAACAGUCACCAUGACUACCGAGUGUUUAUGAGCGCAGAGCCUUCGCCCACCCCUCAGGAGCACAUCAUCCCACAAGGCAUUCUGGAAAACUCUAUCAAAAUCACCAACGAACCACCUACAGGCAUGCUUGCUAACCUUCAUGCAGCACUAGACAACUUUGACCAAGACAUCCUGGACCAGUGCUCUCGGGAGCAGGAGUUUAAGACAAUCCUGUUCUCACUGUGUUAUUUCCACGCAUGUGUGGCUGAGAGGAGGAAGUUUGGCCCACAGGGUUGGAACCGGAAAUACCCCUUUAACACAGGAGACCUCACUAUCUCUGUUAAUGUGCUCUACAACUACUUAGAGGCAAACUCACAGGUGCCCUGGGAAGAUCUGCGUUAUCUUUUUGGUGAGAUCAUGUAUGGAGGACAUAUCACUGAUGACUGGGACAGGAGACUAUGCAGGACUUACCUGGAGGAGUACAUGCAGCCUAAUCAGUUUGAUAGGAAGCUGGCUUUGGCGCCGGGCUUUGUUGUACCCUCCAACCUGGACUAUCAGGGUUACCACAGCUACAUAGAUGAGAUGCUUCCUCACGAGAGCCCAGUGCAUUAUGGUCUUCAUCCAAAUGCUGAAAUUGAGUUUCUGACGGUUACCUCCGACAACCUGUUUCACACGCUGCUGGAGCUGCAGACCAGAGACUCAUCCAUGGGGGAGGGAGUGCCUCAGAGCACCGAGGAAAAGGUGAAGACGGUCUUGGAUGAUAUUCUGGAGAAACUACCAGAAGAGUACAAUAUGUCAGACAUCACAUCCAAAACUGCGGAGCGGACACCAUACAUUCUGGUGUGCUUCCAGGAGUGUGAGCGCAUGAACAUGCUCAUCAAUGAAAUACGACGCUCGUUGAAGGAGCUGGAUCUGGGAUUAAAGGGGGAGCUGGCUAUAUCUUCAGAGAUGGAACAGAUACAGACAGCUUUGUUCUUUGAUAAUGUUCCUGACACCUGGACUAAAUUGGCUUACCCUUCUACCUACAACCUGGCACAGUGGUAUAAUGAUGUAUUGCUCCGCUGCAGAGAGCUGGACAGCUGGACUCAGGAUCUCUCUCUGCCUAGUGUAGUCUGGCUAUCAGGACUGUUCAACCCUCAGUCUUUCCUCACAGCUGUGAUGCAGAGCUUGGCACGUAAGAAUGAGUGGCCACUAGAUAAAAUGACUCUGACGGUGGAUGUGACAAAGAAGUUUAAGGAAGAGUUUAACCAGCCAGCCAGAGAGGGAGCUUAUGUCUACGGUCUCUAUAUGGAAGGUGCACGCUGGGAUAUCCAGAAUGGAACAAUCAUGGAGGCACGGCUGAAGGAGUUAACUCCCAGUAUGCCUGUCAUUGCGGUGCGGGCAGUUCCCAAUGACCGUCAAGAGACACGUAACAUCUAUGAAUGUCCUGUCUACAAGACUAAACUCAGAGCAAACACACAUGUCUGGACAUUCAAUCUUAAAACCAGAGAGAGACCAGCCAAAUGGGUGCUCGCAGGGGUGGCACUGCUGCUCAGUGUGUGAGGUCUGGAGAAAGUGCAGGCCACUCCAUUUGAGGUACCCCAGUCUCCAGCUGCCGUUCCCUGAUGAUGCAACCUCGAUGAGCUGGAGCAUUGUCGUCCAUGAAGAUGAAAUUAGACCUGUGUUGUUCAUGCUGAGGCACAAUGACUGGAUUAAUGAUGUUAUUCAGUAGUAUGGGCUGGUCACUGUACCAUUCACAAAGUGUAGGGCAGUUCUGUAUUGACUAGACACACCUGCCCACACUGUAACAACACCACCCUGCCGUUAAGCUCGUUAGAGAACAGCAAGUACUGCAAAAAGUGCA